AUGACGUUUUAUACGAACGAAUCACGGAAAGGAGUAUCUCGCCAAAUUCAGGGACAAAAAACCCAGAUCUCAGCUUCACUGUCUGAAGAAUCUGAUAACAUAACUAGCAGAAUUUUACAUCAAACGACAGAAGAAACCAAUAUCUUAAAAUUAAAACAAGUUGAAGAUGUGCAAACGCGACAAGUUCCUUGGAGAAAGAAGCCACAAGUUGACUCAAGUGAAACUACAAAGGAAGACUUACCUCAAGUAAAACACUGGCGAAAAACACGUCAAGAUGAAUCAACAACAGUACAGAAAAUAAUAUCUGAAGAUAGUGUUUUACUUAGUGUAGAUAAUACAGAAACUACUAAGAAAACUGAACACCUGAAAACGGCCAACUGGCGUAAGCCACGAGAUGACAAAAAAGUUAUUGUGGAAGAUUCUACGAUCCUUGGCGUCGAUAAAUCGGAAGAAAACGUAGAAGAAACUGUAGAUCAAUUAGAAAAAAGAGCUAUGACACAAAAGAAAGAAACAAGAGUUCAAGAAAAAGAACAUGUUCCUUGGACUCAAGAAGCAAUAAAAUUACGGCCUACAAAAGUAGAAAAAACAUCUAUACAGAAAGAAAAACUAGAAGAUGUAACUUUAAAACAAGUAAGGAAAAGCUCAUUGCAAAAAGGAGACGUCGCUUUAACCAUCGAUGAGUCUAUUACGACUGUUGAAGAUGAAAAACAAGAUGAAGUUAUACAAAAAACGGUCAGAAAAAUAAAACAGGAAGAGGAAAACUUAUCGCUUGAAGAAGUGGUUCUAAAACCUGCGCCCAAGCACAAAGUACCUGAAGAAGAAAAAUAUACUGAAAUACUUAAAACAACAGAAGAAAUGAAUAUUUUAAAAAUUGUAGAACAAGAAGAUACAGAAAUGCGCCAGCCGCUCAAGCAAAAAAAGGAAACUAAAAUUAUUGAAAACGUGCCAUGGACCCAAGAAACAAUUAAAUUAAAGCCAACGAAAGUAGAAAAAACGUCAAUAAAGAAAGAACAAUUGGAAGACGUAAGCUUAAAACCACUAAAAAAAUCACUACAACAACCAGAGGCUCUAGUUAUCGAAGAAUCACUUACUGCAAUAGAGGACACAGUAAUACUUAAACUUACUGAUUCUGAAACUACAAAAGUGGAAGCACCUAAAGAGGUGACAUGGCGAACAGGUAAAAGGAAACCGAAAGAAGAACAACCGGUUGAAGAAGUGAUACUUAAACCCGUGCCUAAACCAAUAGCACCUGUCGAGGAAGUUCCAGAAGAGGUACAUCUGAAACCAGUUUUAGAAGAAAAACCAAAAGAAGACGAAGAACCUAAAGAGGUGACUUGGCGAACCGGUAAGAGGAAACCAAAAGAGAAACAACCUGUUGAAGAAGUGAUACUUAAACCCGUGCCUAAACCAAAAGCACCUGUCGAGGAAGUUCCAGAAGAGAUACAUCUGAAACCAGUUUUAAAAGAAAAACCAAAAGAAGACGAAGAACCUAAAGAGGUGACUUGGCGAACCGCUAAGAGGAAACCAAAGGAGGAACAACCUGUUGAAGAAGUGAUACUUAAACCAGUGCCUAAACGAAAAGCACUUGUUGAAGAAGUUCCAGAAGAGAUGCAUCUAAAACCAGUUUUAAAAGAAAAUGCAAAAGAAGAGGAAGAACCUAAAGAGGUGACUUGGCGAACAGGUAAGAGGAAACCGAGAGAGGAACAACCAGUUGAAGAAGUGAUUCUAAAGCCAGUGCCUAAGCAAAAGGCACCUGAAGAAGAAAAACCUGAAGAAGUACAGCUUAAGCCUGUAAGAAAGGACAAACAAAAGGAGCAAGAUCAACCUAAAGAAGUAACUUGGCCUACUGGCAAGAGAAAACCGAUAGAAGAACAACCUGUUGAAGAAGUGGUUCUAAAGCCAGUGCCUAAGCAAAAAGCACCUAUUGAGGAAGUCAAAAAAGAGGUACAUCUAAAACCAGUAUUAAAAGAAAAAUCAAAAGAAGAGGAAGCACCUAAGGAGGUUAAUUGGCGGACAGGUAAAAGGAAACCGAAGGAAGAGCAACCUGUUGAAGAAGUGGCUCUCAAGCCAGUGCCUAAGGAAAAGGCACCUGAAGAAGAAAAACCUGAAGAAGUUCAGCUUAAGCCUGUCAGGAAGGAUAAGCAAAAAGAGCAGGAGGAACCUAAAGAUGUAACAUGGCCUUUGGGUAAGAGAAAACCCAAAGAAGAACAACCCGUUGAAGAAGUGGUUCUAAAGCCAGUACCUAAGCAAAAAGCACCUGAAGAAGAAAAACCUGAAGAAGUUAAACUAAAACCUGUGAGGAAGGACAAACAAAAAGAGCAGGAGGAACCAAAAGAUGUAUCUUGGCCCACUGGUAAGAGGAAACCUAAAGAAGAAUUACCUGUUGAAGAAGUGAGUCUUAAACCCGUGCCUAAACAAAAAGCACCUGUCGAGGAAGUUCCAGAAGAGGUACAUCUGAAACCAGUUUUAAAAGAAAAACCAAAAGAAGACGAAGAACCUAAAGAGGUGACUUGGCGAACCGGUAAGAGGAAACCAAAAGAGGAACAUCCUGUUGAAGAAGUGAUACUUAAACCCGUGCCUAAACCAAAAGCAUCUGAAGAAGAAAAACCUGAAGAAGUUCAGCUUAAGCCUGUACGGAAGGACAAACAAAAAGAGAAAGAGGAACCUAAAGACAUAUCUUGGCCCACUGGUAAGAGGAAACCGAAAGAAGAACAACCUGUUGAAGAAGUGGUUCUAAAGCCAGUACCUAAGGAAAAAGCACCUGAGGAAGUAAAACCUGAAGAUGUUCAGCUUAAACCUGUCAGGAAGGACAAACAAAAAGAGCAGGAGGAACCUAAAGAUGUAACAUGGCCUAUGGGUAAGAGAAAACCAAAAGAAGAACAACCUGUUGAAGAAGUGGUUUUAAAGCCAGUACCUAAGCAAAAAGCACCUGAAGAAGAAAAACCUGAAGAAGUCAAACUUAAACCUGUGAGUAAGGACAAACAAACAGAGCAGGAGGAACCUAAAGACAUAUCUUGGCCCACUGGUAAGAGGAAACCGAAAGAAGAACAACCUGUUGAAGAAGUGGUUCUAAAGCCAGUGCCUAAAGAAAAAGCACCUGAGGAAGUAAAACCUGAAGAUGUUCAGCUUAAACCUGUCAGGAAGGAUAAACAAAAAGAGCAGGAAGAAGCUAAAGAUGUAACAUGGCCUAUGGGUAAGAGGAAACCAAAAGAAGAACAACCUGUUGAAGAAGUGGUUUUAAAGCCAGUACCUAAGCAAAAAGCAUCUGAAGAAGAAAAACCUGAAGAAGUUAAACUUAAACCUGUGAAGAAGGUCAAACAAACAGAGCAGGAGGAACCUAAAGAUGUAUCUUGGCCCACUGGUAAGAGGAAACCGAAAGAAGAAUUACCUGUUGAAGAAGUGGUUCUAAAACCAGUGCCUACGCAAAAACCACCUGAAGAAGAAAAACCUGAAGAAGUUCAGCUGAAACCUGUAAAGAAGGACAAACAAAAUGAACAGGAGGAACCUAAAGAUGUAACAUGGCCUACGGGUAAGAGGAAACCCAAAGAAGAACAACCUAUUGAAGAAGUGAUUUUAAAGCCAGUGGCUAAGCAAAAAGCACCUGAAGAAGUUAAGCUUAAACCUGUCAGGAAAGAUAAGCAAAAGGAGCAGGAGGAACCUGAAGAAGUAACAUGGCCUACUGGUAAGAGGAAACCAAAAGAAGAACUGCCUGUUGAAGAAGUGGUUCUUAAACCCGUACCUAAACAAAAAGCACCUGAAGAAGAAAAUCCUCAAGAAGUACAGCUAAGGCCCCUUAUAAAAGAAAAAGAUGAAGAAGAACAAAAACGCGAGGAAGUUCAACUGAAACCUACACAAAAAGUAAUAUCUAAAGAAACUGAACAAGAAAUUAUAGAAGACUCAAAAAUAAUUACUGGUGAAGAAGUGGUAGAAGAAACAACUUCUGUUUCCGUGAUGAAAAUACAAAGAAAAGAUAAAUCAAAGAAAAAAUUGGAUAAACAGAAAAAAUCUGAAGUUGGACCUAAAAUAAUUCAGCCAAUCAAGGCCAUGACUGUAUGUGAUAACGAUGAUUUUGAACUUCAAGUUAAAUUUUAUCCAGAAGAAGUAGAUAAAUUAACUUGGUUCCGUAACAAUGAACCCCUAGAACAAAUGGAUGACUGCCAAAUUAAUAUAGAUAAUGGAAAAUCUACUUUAAAAGUUAUUAAUGUAGAUAAAAAGAAAGUAGGAAAAUAUGAAGUUGUCAUUGAAAAAAGUAAUAUUGUCUUAAAAUCAGCAAGUACUAUAAAGCUUGUUAAAUUAACAGAUGACGAUGUUGUCACACCGCCAUUAUUUAUUAAACCAUUACAACCAAAAGAAGUUAGCGUUGGCGAUAUUGUUCUGUUAGAAACUGAAGUACAAUCGAGUCCAAGUGCAUCAUUCCAAUGGUUUUUUGGGAAUAAAGAUGUCGUUAGUUUUACAAAACAAAAUAAAAUACAUAAUAUUUAUAUCACAGAUAGAGAUAACGUUUCAUGUCUUUGCAUUGAAAAUAUGAGCGAAGAACUAUUUGGAGUAAUAACAUGUAGGGCUGAAAACUUUGGAGGCUCUGUUUCUUGCUCCGCGUCUUUAAUUAUGAGAAAGGAGAUUAAAGAAGUUCUUGGACAGACACCAGUAUUUAUUGAACCUUUAAAAUCAUCCACGCUAAUGGAUGGAGAUCAGAUUUUGUUAAGAUGUACAGUUAUGGGAGAACCAUGGCCUAAAAUAGAUUGGUAUCAUAAUGGGAGGCAUAUUGAAUGGGCCAGAGAUAUAACAGUUGGCCGUCAGGAAUCAGGAUUAUGUGAAAUAUGCAUAAAAGAAGCAUUUCCAGAAAUGUCAGGCACAUACAGUUGCGUAGCCACAAACGAGUAUGGGUCUAGCAGCUGCGAAUGUAUUGUGACAGUGGAAGCGUACGAAUAUGUCCCAAGUGUAUCAGAAGAAGAUAUUUUGAGUGACGAAAAAACGAGCGACAUUGAAGAAUUUGCUCCAAAGAUUGUCAAAGCAUUGCCGACUGUGGUGUCAACAACUGAAGGAGAGCUGACGAGGUUGGAAGCGAAAGCAAUUGGUAUACCCAAACCUGAAAUAAGAUGGUUGAAGCAAGGCGUUGAGAUAGUACAGUCUCAGGAAUAUCAAAUAGAAGAAUUAGAAGAUGGAACCUCUAUUCUGAUAAUUCCUGAAGUGUAUCAAGAUGACACUGGCGAAAUUACCUUUGAAGCAUUCAACACUUUGGGUGUCACAUCAACUAUUGCUGCAUUGUCGGUUGAAAGUAUCAUGGGAACUAAAGAGUAUAAGAAACCUGAGUGGGUGACUCAUAUGGAAGAAUUGCAAGCUGCGUUAAAAGCAAGUCAAUCAGUACCUACAUUUGUGCAACAUAUAAUCGGAGAAAGGGUUCAAGAAGAAGAAACGGUCACAUUUGAAGCAGUUUAUAAAGGGAAUCCUGUUCCAGAAAUCACAUGGUACAAAGAUGAUGAGAUUAUAAAGUCCGAUGAAAACUUCGUAAUUGAAACUAAAGAAAAUAAAAGUAUUUGCACAAUUAAAAAAGCCGCAAAAAAAUUAGAAGGCACAUACAAGUGUAAGGCAGUAAGCGAUAUCGGUAUGGCGGUUACUAAGGCUACAUUGCAAGUAUUUGAAGCGGAUGAAAAACUUGAGAAAAUUCCGUCUAAAAGAACAAAAGCAUUAAAGGUUGAAGAAUUUAAAGAAGAAAAAGUUCGUGAAGUUAUAGACGAUACCCUUACAUCAGUGACACAGACUGAAGUGAAACCUAAUGAAUCAGUUAAAACUAUAAAGAAGAAACAAAUUACAAAAGAGAAUGCUACGGUAAAAGUCAGUAAAGCUGACUAUGUGGAAACCACUGAUGUCGCGGUACUUAAGAAGGUGGAACAGGAAGAUAAAACAAAAAAAGUACCGGAAAAAAUAGAACCAGUUAUUACUCCGAAUGAAUACUUAGUUUCAUCUCAACAAAUAAAAGGUGAAACUGUUGAAACAUUUGAGGAGACUUUCGUUAAACAAAAGGGUAUAUUGAAAACCGUAAAAGAAGAUUCAAAAAUGGUGGCCGAAAUAAACGAAUUACUUGAAGUCAUAAAUGCUAAAGAAUUCGGUCCCGGGGAAUCCCCGCUACGUGAAUUGGCAAAGAUAGGCUACAUGCUUCGCACCGGUAUAACAACAGAACAAAUAGAAAGUUUAUACGAUUCUCAAUACUUCCCCGCAUUAAGGAUUCCUCAAUCACAAUCAGCGUUAGUAAAUUUAGUCGAAAGGCAAGGUCACGGAGCACUAAUAACUGAAGUACUUACCCAGGAAACGACUCAGAAUGAAGAUGUUAUAGCAGCUAAAGUUGGGUUCCGAGCUUUUAUGAAAAUGGUUGAACUAAAACACACGUCGGUUGAAGAAGUCAUCGCUCACUUCUAUCCUGAAGACUUCAAGCCACGUUCCUGGGAACAAAAGGAAGCACAUGAGGUUAUGGUAGAAUCGUCUGCUGAGGAAGUCGCUGAAACACGCACAACUCAAGUGUUAAAGGAUAAGACAGUUGUUUCUGAAGAAAUUAAAGAAGAUGUAAGAGAAAAAGCAAAGCGCAAAAAAUACAAAAAACAAAGAGUAGGUUCGGAAGAAGUUGUCGAAGAUGAGGAAGAGAUUGUUACAAGAACUAUACAAAAGUUACAUCCUAAGCAAAAAGUCGAGCAUUUAUAUGAAGAUGAAACUGAAAUAUUAGAAAAUGAACCUAUUCAUUUCGCCUCUACUCUUGCUACAGAUAUAUAUGACACUAAAAUUGAAACAAUGUCAUUAAGUGAAGUAACUCAUAUUGUGCCUGAACAGCAAAAAGAGAAUGUUGCAAAUGUAAGGCUCGAUGCUAAUUAUCCUAUAAUAAGUAAUCUUCAAGAUAUACACGAUAAAGAAGAACUACUGCAUGCAAAAGAAAAACCUAAUGCCCGAAAAAUUCACGAAACAUUUAAUCAGAUCGAAUCACUUCAAAUAACAGAAGUAGAAGUUGGAAGCUCAGUAGAUGAGUACCAAUCAGUUCAAAUAAAACCUGAUAUUAAAGCUCAGACUGGUGUAGUGCCGGCAGAAACUAUAAUUACGGCUGAAACCCUCGUAAGCAUGUCUGUUGCUGAUCUAUGUAAAGGCGAUAAACAUGAAGAAAAAGCAAAAUCGACAAUAAUAUUACAAGACGCUUUAAAUGUAUCACAGGAAAUGACGUCCGAUAAGGAAGGGCCUUUAAAAGACUUGCAGAUGUCAAAAUCCUUUGCCAAUGUUUCAGUUUCACCCUUUCUAGGAGUCAAGGUUACUGAAGUUAAUGAUGAAACUCGAGAACAUGAAUUACUUAAUCAAAGUCUCGAAAAGGCAGUUACGUCAAAACUUAACUUUAAUUUACUAGAAUCGGUUGAAGUUGGAGAAGUUUUUGUUGAAGACAAAUCGGGAAAAUACUACCCAGAACUAAUAGUUCCUACAGAAAUGGCCAAAAAAGAUGUGUUGGUAUCAAAUCAAAUUAUUACUGAAAUUCAUAAUGUACAAGAAAAGGAGGGAUCACUUGGGGUAUUUAAGGUACCGCAUUCACAAGAAGCUAAUAUUGAUAUAACAUCAAAAGAUAGCAUUGUUGUGUGUACUAAAGAUGUUCAUGAAAAAGAAGGUCCUUUGGUUAUACCUGACGUCCCAGUUGAAGCAAAAAUAGAAAAUGAUUUAAUACUUCAUUCUAGCUUAGAUAAUUUUUUCACUACAUCUCAUGUAAAAGAAUCUGAACUUCUUCCUGAAACAUUUGUUGAGAAAAAGGCUGAAGUUGGUUUUCUUGAACAUCAACAUAAGAUCAAUAUAGAAACCAAUGUAAAUGAUUCAGAAAAUACUUUUGUAGAUAAAGAGCCUGUACUCGGUAGUAAAGCACAAGUAAGUGUAUCGGCUUUAGACAAGAAUUUAAUUGAAGAAGUUCAAGUUAAUGAAAGUGAAAAGGAGUUACCACAAAAAGAAGCAACGCAAACAGCCAAUGCGUCUGUAGAUAUUAAAUCUAUUGAAUCUAUUAUUACUUCAGAAACAAUGGAAUUAUCCUCUAUGUCAGAGUUAAAAAACUCGAAAACAAUAGACAAUAGAGUGGCUACUGAAUCAAUUGUUGCAGAAAGUGCAAAAAUUAUUUCUUCACCUUUUGUUCAUGAUCAAGAAGUUCCACAAUUUUAUGAAUCUAAAACAGCCGAAAAUGUGUCCAUAACUUUAGUUCCUAACAUGUCUUUAUCUGUUUCUGAAACAAAAUUAUCAGAUUCUGCUAAAAAUCUGAUAACAGAUGCAAUACCAGAGCUUUUAAGCACCCAACCAAGUCCCACUCAUCAUCUGACGUCGCCUAUUUCUCAAGUUAUAAAUACUGCAGAUCAAAUAGAUAUCUUGCUACCAUUAGAAUCCAACAGUAAUAUUGCUCAUGAAGAAAGAGAUCUACAUAAGGAAGUUACUGUUAUGCAAACCACAGUUCAUGAACAAUUAGAAAAAUUAGAAGAAAAAUUUGCUAAUCAAACUACCCUCAAACCUUCUUUUACAGAAAAUGAAAGCUUAAAUAUCAUUGAGACAGUUCCCAAUUAUACCGAAGAUAAUCUUAUUAUUGAAGAAACACCAUUAAAUAAAUUUGCCAAACUUAAUGUAAAUGUCAAUCAUAAAGUCCCUGUGAUUUCGGAAGUAACUUUACGAGAAUCCGCAAAUACUUUAGACAAGUUAAAAGUAAAAAGCCAAGAAGCUGAAGUAGUGUCUGAUUCUUACCUGCCAAUUCAAAUAUCGGAAAAUAAAUCUUUAGAAACUCAAACUAUUCUAGAUAUUCCCAUAACCCCUGAUCUUAAAUCAAUUUCUCCACAUUUAAUAUCAGUAGAAGAAACGAUAAAAGUGUCAGAGAUAUUACCACAUGAGAAAGAAGACCGUUACGAAAAUAUUAAAACUGUUACAGAAAAAUGUAAAAUUUCAACUGAUGUUGUCGCUCGUCCUGUUGCAGUAUCUGCAGAGCAUAUCGUAGAUUUAAGUGUAGGUUUCACUGAAGCAGAAGAUGUCUCUACUAGAAAAGCGAAUGUAGAAAAUAUUGCUCUUAAAGAGAUAACAGUCACAACUACGGAUUAUAAUGAAAAGGAAAGUAUACUAACUCCUGUAGAACCAAGGACAGCUGAAGCAUUAUUAAAUGUAAAUCCUAAUCAAGCAGUCAUAGUAGAGGAUGUUAAGACUGAAUUGACAACUGCAACACUAAAAAUGCCUUCUAAUGCUUUCAAAACAACAAUUAUUCCACAUACAAUAACCUCUGAAGCUAUUUCACAGCAGGAAACUUUAGUACAUUCUUCUGAAAGUAUUUUAGAAAAUCAAGAGGCAAUCGUACAUAAAGAAGCUUCUAUUGUAAUUGGUAGUCUUAUAGUUCCUGAAAAUGAAGAAAAGGUGGUAGCAGAAAAGGAGGAUAAAUUCCUCCCUGUUGAUAUCCCAGACCAACAAAAGGUAAAUAUUAAAAUACCUGAAUUUAUUAGUGUGGAAACUACAGAAGUAAUAUCUCAAUGUGACCGUCUUGACAAUUCUGAUAAUUUUGAUAUGCCUGAUAAGAAAGCCUUAUAUAAAAUUGAUGAAAUAUACGGCAAAGCAGCUAAUGUAGAAGAAAUAUUAGUCAUCCAAUCUACUGCAAACUUUAAUGAAACUAUCGAAACACAAAAACCAGAAGUAAAACCAUUUGAAUUUUCCAAUUUACAACAAACAGAAACUAUAACAGCAGAAAGUGAAGGUGUUUUUAUCGAGCAAAAAGCACUGAAAGCCAGUGUCACUUCAAAUCUCAUUGAAGCGCAGGCUAUAAUAGCGAGUACUACAAAUGCAGUUGAAAAAGAAAACCAAUUUGAUACUAAAGCACCUAUGACUAAACAGGAUGCUUCAAUUGCGAUUGUACCACAUAGUGAGAUUAUCCAAUCUGAAGUAAUUGCGUCAAAUAAAACUGAGGGUAUAGAAGAAAAUGACAAUAAACCUGAAAUGAAAACUCUAAAGGAAAAUAUUGAGGAACAAAAGUCUAUUAAUGUUACUGAAGUAUUUUCUUCGGAAUCAGAAACGAUCUUAUCAGAAGAACCGAAAGCAAAAUCGCACUUGCUACAACCAAUACCAAAUAUGCCGUUAUUAUCUUCUAUAGGCACAACAGAAAUAGUACCGAAUGAACAGGAAAAUAUAUUUCUCUCAGUUGGUGAUACUAAGCACGAAAAUAUUAAUUAUAAUAUUACUUCUUCGCAUUAUGUAAAUAUAUCUGAAGAAAUCGUAGCUGAAAAAGAAAGUUAUCUUAAAUCUGAAGAAUUACCCGUCAAGUGUACAUCUGAUAUUAGUCUAAAUACACACCAACAUAUCAAUACUGAGGUUUAUCAGGUAUCUGAAUUCGAAGAAAAACUUAAAAACUUAGAUUAUGUUAGUAAAGAAAUAAAAGAUUUUGCAUUGGAUGUUAUAAAACCCUUAUUAAUAAGUGAAAUAAAAUCUGAGGAACAAUCACAAGAUUUAUGUCUAGUUAAAAAAAUAAAAGAAGAAAAACCAUCUGUCAUGAUGGAAACUGGUGAUCAUAUGGAUACGAUGGAAAUAAUACCUUUAGAAACUGGAGACUUUUUUGAAAAAACUGUAUCUGAAAAAUCAAAAAAUCUUUCUUCAAAUGUUCAAUUAUCUAGACAUCUUACUGUUUCUGAAGUUGAAUCAAAUGAAAAAGAGCAAGCUUUGGAAAUAAAAUCAAGUGAACUGCCUAAAUUUAUUGAAAUGUCAUUUGAAGCUAAAUCGUCUUUAGAAGUACAAGAAAUAAUUCCUACAGAGAAAGAAUCAUCAAUAUCUCAGGUAUUCAAACCUAAGGAAGAUAAACCACUUUUACACUUCGAUACUCAACAACAUGUAAUUGUGACUGAUACAUACACUAAAGAGAACGAAGAGAAUCUGAAUACUGUGAACAUCCCAUUAAGUAAAGAACAAAAAACUAUUAUAAACACUACUCAUCACAUUACAACAAGUGAAACAAUAACCGUUGAAGACGAUUUAAAACCACUAAAAUCCAGAGAACCUAAAGGGGAAUGUGCUUCAAAAACACAUGUACUUGCAGAAAGCGUGAAAAAAGAGCAGCAACAAGUUAUAGAAAGUGUUGAGCCACUAAAACCUUUAAAUGAACCCCAGAUGCUAAUGGCAAAAAAAGACUUACCAAGUUUGAAAGCCAUAGAGAAUACAGAAAUUAUAGUACAAGAAAAUCCAGAUUCUUUAAAACAAUUUGCACCAAAAGAGGAAAAAGGUUCACAAUCACAAGUUAUUGAUAAAGAAGUUGUUUUAACACUUAUACCACAAGUGCUGGAAAGUACAAAAUUAAUAUCGGAUGUAUACGCUGCUACUAAAAACACAGUGGAAUACGAUAUAGAACUUCAACAAAACUAUUUUACUCAAGAAAACGUUGUUCAUGAAGCUUCAGAAAAAUUAUCUUCUUUUAUUGAAACACCCAAAAGUGCUGAAGAAUUAAUAAUUGAAUUAAAAGGCAUUGAACAGACGGAAGUCGUUACAGAAGAGAAACCACAAGACUUACCUAAUAGUGAGAAAAUAGUAAAUCAGAAAGCUGAACAAAUCCCUAUCAGUUCUAUGGGAAUAAAUGCGUCAGAACAAGCGGUACUUGAAGAUGUUAAACAGUUCACAGGAACCCCUCAACCAGAGCUUAGUAAGGCUUCUCUAGACUUAGAUUCUCAUGUCAGCUUUACCGUCACUGAAAAUCUUGGUGAGGAGUCUUUAAUGCACUUACCAAAACAAGAAUUUAAGCAACUGAAUGUCAAAGAAGAAAUUUUGCCAAUAAAACCAUUAGAACAAACUGAAAUAAUAAUUAAUGAAAAUAUUGAACAUUUACCGAAGAAUUUGACCAAAGAAGAGAAAGUAGCUGAAUCUGAAGCAAUCGAAUUUGAGUCUAUAAAUCGAACUGAAUUUAUUGUUCAUGAAAGCGAAGUUAAAACAAACUUUAAGGAAAAAAUACAAAAAGAAAAUGCAUCAAUUUCUGUUUCACACUUAACACAUUUACAAUGUACAGAGAAUAUAUCUGAAUCUCAUGUAGAUGAGUUGAAAACAUUCGCAGCACAGGCACAGACCUCGGCAAUAAAAACCGAUAACAUAUCUCCUCUAAUCGUCACAGACAAUGUUACUCUACAUAACGAAUCGGAUUUACGUAUUACAGAACCAGUUAAACAAAAACCAAAAACUGUUUUAAACAUAUCUAAUGAAUUAGAAAUCACUGAUCAAACACCAGAAGAAUAUAUUCAGCCUUUUAGAGAUGUGAAACCAAAAUUGCACGAGGGUAAAAUUAUUAUUACAGAAAAUGCGAAUAUAGCAUCAUUAGAAGAAGAAUGUCAAAUUAUAGAAAAUUCCCAUCAACUUUAUGUUUCUCCAAAAUCUUCUGAUGUAGAAGAAUCUGAAGAAAUUGUAACAAAAUUUAUGCAAGCUCCUGGUCAGAGUGAACCCAUUCAAAUUAAAACUAAGAGGACUAUAAUCAGGAAAAAGCGAAAGUAUCAAGAUAAAACUAAAAUAGAAGGGGAUAUUGUCAUAGAAGAAAAUAUAGACGAUGAAAAUAAUGACGGAGAAGUAAUUAAACAAGAUAAACAACAUGACGUAAAAAUUGUGGAAUACGAAGGAGAUGACAUGAGUAUUGACAUGGAGCAAAGCACAAUAGAAUUACCAGAUGAACAUUAUGAUAUACCAAAACUCCAAACGCAAGUAUUUAUAGAAGAAAUGACAGAAGAAGAAACAAGUCCAUUUAUUGUCGAAUCAAAACCAAUAAUAAAAACAGACAAAACACCAUCAGAAGAAAUCGAAUCUUUGGAAAUAAUCGAGAUACCUAAACAGUCUGUCGUGGAAGAAUUAAAAACACAAGAAGACAAGACAAAGCAAAAGAAAAUUAAACGAAUUAUUAAAAGGAAGGAUGAUUCAAAAGUUGAAUCAGUACAAAAAACUACUCAACAUGAAGAAAAAGUAUCUGUUAUACAACAAAUGCAACAGUUCAAUGACACCCUCAUACCAUUCGAAGAUUUACACAGACCAGAAAAUGCUCAAAUUAUCGAAGAAACACCAGAAAAAAUUAAAAUUACAGAAGUGCAAAUGCUAAUUGGCGAGAUUCAGAAAGUAAAAACUACCAAACGUUACAUUCGGAAACAACAGGAAGAAACAGAAAUAGCUACAGUCGAGAAAGAAGGCAAAGCGCUAGUUACAAAAGUGUCUGUAGAAGAAGACCAAGUGCCAGAGGAAGAGAUGAAACCGAUUGAAAUCGUCGAGCUUCCCGAGGAGACCGUCGUGGAAGAAGUGGAGACGCCUGAGGGUAAGCCGAAGCAUAAGAAAAUAACUAAACGCAUUAUCAAAAAGAAGGUAGGUCCAAAAGUUGAAACAACACAAAUCACCACUGAGCAAGAAGAUGACAAAGCACCUAUCGUCACAGUGCACACCACACAAGAGUUCACUGACGAGACACUCACACCACUCGACGACUUACAAAAACCGGAUAGGGCUCAAGUGAUUGAGGAAGCUCCGGAAGAAGUGAAAGUCACGGAAGUGCGAACGGAAACCGGUGAGACCAAGAAAGUAAAGACCACAAAACGCGUCAUUCGGAAGAAACAUGGUCAACAAGAGGAAGUAACAGAAAUAACUACUGUAGAGAAAGAAGGCGAAGCGCCAGUUACAACAGUUUCAGUAGUAGAAGAUAAGACGCCGGAGGAAGUGACGAAACCGAUUGAAAUCGUCGAGCUUCCCGAGGAGAUCGUUGUGGAAGAAGGAGAAACGCCUGAGGGUAAGCCAAAGCAUAAGAAAAUAAGUAAACGCAUUAUCAAAAAGAAGGUAGGUCCUAAAGUUGAAACAACACAAAUCACCACUGAACAAGAAGAUAACAAAGCACCUAUCGUCACAGUGCACACCACACUAGAGUUCACUGACGAGACACUCACACUACUCGACGACUUACAAAAACCGGAUAGGGCUCAAGUGAUUGAGGAAGCUCCGGAAGAAGUGAAAGUCACGGAAGUGCGAACGGAAACCGGCGAGACCAAGAAAGUAAAGACCACAAAACGCGUGGUUCGGAAGAAACAUGGUCCACAACAGGAAGUAACAGAAAUAAUUACAGUCGAGACAGAAGGUGAAGCACCCGUUACAACAGUUACCGUUGUAGAAGACAAGGCGCCGGAGGAAGAGACGAAACCGAUUGAAAUCGUCGAGCUUCCGGAGGAGACAGUCAUGGAAGAAGAGGAAACUCCUGAGGGUAAGCCAAAACAUAAGAAAAUAACAAAACGCAUCAUUAAGAAGAAGGAAGGUCCAAAGGUUGAAACUACACAAAUUACCACUGAACAAGAAGACGACAAAGCACCUAUCGUCACAGUGCACACCACACAAGAGUUCACUGACGAGACACUCACAUCUCUCGACGACUUACAAAAACCGGAUAGGGCUCAAGUGAUUGAGGAAGCUCCGGAAGAAGUUAAAGUCACGGAAGUGCAAACGGAAACCGGCGAGACCAAGAAAGUAAAGACCACAAAACGCGUCAUUCGGAAGAAACAUGGUCCACAACAGGAAGUAACAGAAAUAACUACUGUAGAGAAAGAAGGCGAAGCGCCAGUUACAACAGUUACCGUUGUAGAAGACAAGGCGCCGGAGGAAGAGAUGAAACCGAUUGAAAUCGUCGAGCUUCCAGAGGAGAUCGUUGUGGAAGAAGGGGAAACGCCUGAGGGUAAGCCAAAGCAUAAGAAAAUAACAAAACGUAUUAUCAAAAAGAAGGUAGGUCCAAAAGUUGAAACAACACAAAUCACCACUGAACAAGACGACGACAAAGCACCUAUCGUCACAGUGCACACCACACAAGAGUUCACUGACGAGACACUCACACCACUCGACGACUUACAAAAACCGGAUAGAGCUCAAGUGAUUGAGGAAGCUCCGGAAGAAGUGAAAGUAACGGAAGUGCGAACGAAAACCGGCGAGACCAAGAAAGUAAAGACCACAAAACGCGUCAUUCGGAAGAAACAUGGUCCACAACAGGAAGUAACAGAAAUAACUACUGUAGAGAAAGAAGGCGAAGCGCCAGUUACAACAGUUACCGUUGUAGAAGUCAAGGCGCCGGAGGAAGAGGCGAAACCGAUUGAAAUCGUCGAGCUUCCAGAGGAGAUCGUUGUGGAAGAAGGGGAAACGCCUGAGGGUAAGCCAAAACAUAAGAAAAUAACUAAACGCAUUAUCAAAAAGAAGGUAGGUCCAAAAGUUGAAACAACACAAAUCACCACUGAACAAGAAGACGACAAAGCACCUAUCGUCACAGUGCACACCACACAAGAGUUCACUGACGAGACACUCACACCACUCGACGACUUACAAAAACCGGAUAGGGCUCAAGUGAUUGAGGAAGCUCCGGAAGAAGUGAAAGUCACGGAAGUGCGAACGGAAACCGGCGAGACCAAGAAAGUAAAGACCACAAAACGCGUCAUUCGGAAGAAAAAUGGUCCACAACAAGAAGUAACAGAAAUAACUACAGUCGAGAAAGAAGGCGAAGCGCCAGUUACAACAGUUACCGUUGUAGAAGACAAGGCGCCGGAGGACGAGAAGAAGCCGAUUGAAAUCGUCGAGCUUCCGGAGGAGACAGUCAUGGAAGUAGAGCAAACUCCUGAGGGUAAGCCAAAACAUAAGAAAAUAACAAAACGCAUCAUCAAGAAGAAGGUAGGUCCAAAGGUUGAAACUACACAAAUCACCACUGAACAAGAAGACGACAAAGCACCUAUCGUCACAGUGCACACCACACAAAAGUUCACUGACGAGACACCCACACCACUCGAUGACUUACAAAAACCGGAUAGGGCUCAAGUGAUUGAGGAAGCUCCGGAAGAAGUGAAAGUCACGGAAGUGCGAACGGAAACCGGCGAGACCAAGAAAGUAAAGACCACAAAACGCGUCAUUCGGAAGAAACAUGGUCCACAACAUGAAGUAACAGAAAUAACUACUGUAGAGAAAGAAGGCGAAGCGCCAGUUACAACAGUUACCGUUGUAGAAGACAAGGCGCCGGAGGAAGAGAUGAAACCGAUUGAAAUCGUCGAGCUUCCCGAGGAGAUCGUUAUGGAAGAAGGCGAAACGUCUGAGGGUAAGCCAAAGCAUAAGAAAAUAACUAAACGCAUUAUCAAAAAGAAGGUAGGUCCAAAAGUUGAAACAACACAAAUCACCACUGAACAAGAAGACGACAAAGCACCUGUCGUCACAGUGCACACCACACAAGAGUUCACUGACGAGACACUUACACCACUCGAUGACAUACAGAAGCCAGAUAAGGCUUAUGUGAUUGAGGAAGCUCCGCAUGAAGUGAAAGUAAAGGAAGUGCGUACGGAAACUGGCGAGACCCAGAAGGUAAAGACCACAAAACGCGUCAUCCGAAAGAAACAAGGCCCAAAACAGGAAGUUACAGAAAUAACUACAGUCGAGAAAGACGGCGAAGCGCCAGUUACAACCGUGUCUAUAGUAGAGGAGAAGGCGCCGGAGGAAGAGACGAAACCGAUUGAAAUCGUCGAGCUUCCAGAGGAGAUCGUUGUGGAAGAAGGGGAAACGCCUGAGGGUAAGCCAAAACAUAAGAAAAUAACUAAACGCAUUAUCAAAAAGAAGGUAGGUCCAAAAGUUGAAACAACACAAAUCACCACUGAACAAGAAGACGGCAAAGCACCUAUCGUCACAGUGCACACCACACAAGAGUUCACUGACGAGACACUCACACCACUCGACGACUUACAAAAACCGGAUAGGGCUCAAGUGAUUGAGGAAGCUCCGGAAGAAGUGAAAGUCACGGAAGUGCGAACGGAAACCGGUGAGACCAAGAAAGUAAAGACCACAAAACGCGUCAUUCGGAAGAAACAUGGUCAACAACAGGAAGUAACAGAAAUAACUACUGUAGAGAAAGAAGGCGAAGCGCCAGUUACAACAGUUUCAGUAGUAGAAGAUAAGACGCCGGAGGAAGUGAUGAAACCGAUUGAAAUCGUCGAGCUUCCCGAGGAGAUCGUUGUGGAAGAAGAGGAAACGCCUGAGGGUAAGCCAAAACAUAAGAAAAUAACUAAACGCAUUAUCAAAAAGAAGGUAGGUCCAAAAGUUGAAACAACACAAAUCACCACUGAACAAGAAGACGACAAAGCACCUAUCGUCACAGUGCACACCACACAAGAGUUCACUGACGAGACACUCACACCACUCGACGACUUACAAAAACCGGAUAGGGCUCAAGUGAUUGAGGAAGCUCCGGAAGAAGUGAAAGUCACGGAAGUGCGAACGGAAACCGGCGAGACCAAGAAAGUAAAGACCACAAAACGCGUCAUUCGGAAGAAACAUGGUCCACAAAAGGAAGUAACAGAAAUAACUACAGUCGAGAAAGAAGGCGAAGCGCCAGUUACAACAGUUACCGUUGUAGAAGACAAGGCGUCGGAGAAAGAGACGAAGCCUAUUGAAAUCGUCGAGCUUCCGGAGGAGACAGUCAUGGAAGAAGAGCAAACUCCUGAGGGUAAGCUAAAACAUAAGAAAAUAACAAAACGCAUCAUCAAGAAGAAGGUAGGUCCAAAGGUUGAAACUACACAAAUCACCACUGAACAAGAAGACGACAAAGCACCUAUCGUCACAGUGCACACCACACAAGAGUUCACUGACGAGACACCCACACCACUCGAUGACUUACAAAAACCGGAUAGGGCUCAAGUGAUUGAGGAAGCUCCGGAAGAAGUGAAAGUCACGGAAGUGCGAACGGAAACCGGCGAGACCAAGAAAGUAAAGACCACAAAACGCGUCAUUCGGAAGAAACAUGGUCCACAACAGGAAGUUACAGAAAUAACUACUGUAGAGAAAGAAGGCGAAGCGCCAGUUACAACAGUUACCGUUGUAGAAGACAAGGCGCCGGAGGAAGAGAUGAAACCGAUUGAAAUCGUCGAGCUUCCCGAGGAGAUCGUUGUGGAAGAAGGCGAAACGCCUGAGGGUAAGCCAAAGCAUAAGAAAAUAACUAAACGCAUUAUCAAAAAGAAGGUAGGUCCAAAAGUUGAAACAACACAAAUCACCACUGAACAAGAAGACGACAAAGCACCUAUCGUCACAGUGCACACCACACAAGAGUUCACUGACGAGACACUCACACCACUCGACGACUUACACAAACCAGAUAGGGCUCAAGUGAUUGAGGAAGCUCCGGAAGAAGUGAAGGUUACAGAAGUGCAAACGGAAACCGGCGAGACCCAGAAAGUAAAGACCACAAAACGCGUCAUUCGAAAGAAACAAGGUCCAAAACAGGAAGUUACAGAAAUAACUACUGUAGAGAAAGAAGGCGAAGCGCCAGUUACAACAGUUUCAGUAGUGGAAGAUAAGACGCCGGAGGAAGUGAUGAAACCGAUUGAAAUCGUCGAGCUUCCCGAGGAAAUCGUUGUGGAAGAAGGGGAAACACCAGAGGGUAAGCCAAAGCAUAAGAAAAUAACUAAACGCAUCAUCAAAAAGAAGGUAGGUCCAAAAGUCGAAACUACACAAAUAACCACUGAACAAGAAGACGACAAAGCACCUAUCGUCACAGUGCACACCACACAAGAGUUCACUGACGAGACACUCACACCACUCGAUGACUUACAAAAACCAGAUAGGGCUCAAGUGAUUGAGGAAGCUCCGGAAGAAGUGAAAGUCACAGAAGUGCGAACGGAAACCGGCGAGACCAAGAAAGUAAAGACCACAAAACGCGUCAUUCGGAAGAAACAAGGUCCACAACAGGAAGUAACAGAAAUAACUACAGUAGAGAAAGAAGGCGAAGCGCCAGUUACAACAGUUUCCGUAGUGGAAGACAAGGCGCCGGAGAAAGAUAAAAAGCCGAUUGAAAUCGUCGAGCUUCCGGAGGAGACAGUCGUGGAAGAAGUGGAGACGCCUGAGGGUAAGCCAAAGCAUAAGAAAAUAACUAAACGCAUCAUCAAAAAGAAGGUAGGUCCAAAAGUCGAAACUACACAAAUCACCACUGAACAAGAAGACGACAAAGCACCAGUCGUUACUGUGCACACCACACAAGAGUUCACCGACGAGACACUUACUCCACUCCACGACUUACACAAACCAGAUAGGGCUCAAGUGAUCGAGGAAGCUCCGGAAGAAGUAAAAGUCACGGAAGUGCGAACGGAAACUGGCGAGACCCAGAAAGUAAAGACCACGAAACGCGUUAUUCGAAAGAAACAAGGUACAAAACAGGAAGUUACGGAAAUAACUACAGUCGAGAAAGACGGCGAAGCGCCAGUUACAACCGUGUCUAUAGUAGAGGACAAGGCGCCGGAGGAAGAGACAAAGCCGAUUGAAAUUGUCGAGCUUCCCGAAGAGACCGUUGUGGAAGAAGGGGAAACACCUGAGGGUAAGCCAAAGCAUAAGAAAAUAACUAAACGCAUCAUCAAAAAGAAGGUAGGUCCAAAAGUCGAAACUACACAAAUCACCACUGAACAAGAAAACGACAAAGCACCUGUCGUCACAGUGCACACCACACAAGAGUUCACUGACGAGACACUUACACCACUCGAUGACAUACAGAAGCCAGAUAAGGCUUAUGUGAUUGAGGAACCUCCGGAUGAAGUGAAAGUUACGGAAGUGCGUACGGAAACUGGCGAGACCCAGAAGGUAAAGACCACAAAACGCGUCAUCCGAAAGAAACAAGGCCCAAAACAGGAAGUUACAGAAAUAACUACAGUCGAGAAAGACGGCGAAGCGCCAGUUACAACCGUGUCUAUAGUAGAGGAGAAGGCGCCGGAGGAAGAGACGAAACCGAUUGAAAUCAUCGAGCUUCCCGAGGAGACCGUCGUGGAAGAAGUGGAGACGCCUGAGGGUAAGCCAAAGCAUAAGAAAAUAACUAAACGCAUCAUCAAAAAGAAGGUAGGUCCAAACGUUGAAACUACACACAUCACCACUGAACAAGAAGACGACAAAGCACCUAUCGUCACAGUGCACACCACACAAGAGUUCACUGACGAGACACUCACACCACUCGACGACUUACACAAACCAGAUAGGGCUCAAGUGAUUGAGGAAGCUCCGGAAGAAGUGAAGGUUACAGAAGUGCGAACGGAAACCGGCGAGACCCAGAAAGUAAAGACCACAAAACGCGUCAUUCGAAAGAAACAAGGUCCAAAACAGGAACUUACAGAAAUAACUACAGUCGAGAAAGACGGCGAAGCGCCAGUUACAACCGUGUCUAUAGUAGAGGAGAAGAAGCCGGAGGAAGAGACGAAACCGAUUGAAAUCAUCGAGCUUCCCGAGGAGACCGUCGUGGAAGAAGUGGAGACGCCUGAGGGUAAGCCAAAGCAUAAGAAAAUAACUAAACGCAUCAUCAAAAAGAAGGUAGGUCCAAACGUUGAAACUACACACAUCACCACUGAACAAGAAGACGACAAAGCACCUGUCGUCACAGUGCACACCUCACAAGAGUUAAUUGACGAGACACUUACACCACUCGAUGACUUACACAAACCAGAUAGGGCUCAAGUGAUUGAGGAAGCUCCGGAAGAAGUGAAGGUUACAGAAGUGCGAACGGAAACCGGCGAGACCCAGAAAGUAAAGACCACAAAACGCGUCAUUCGAAAGAAACAAGGUCCAAAACAGGAAGUUACAGAAAUAACUACAGUCGAGAAAGAAGGCGAAGCGCCAGUUACAACUGUUUCCGUAGUGGAAGAUAAGGCGCCGGAGGAAGAUAAAAAACCGAUUGAAAUCGUCGAACUUCCCGAGGAGACCGUCGUGGAAGAAGUGGAGACGCCUGAGGGUAAGCCAAAGCAUAAGAAAAUAACUAAACGCAUCAUCAAAAAGAAGGUAGGUCCAAACGUUGAAACUACACACAUCACCACUGAACAAGAAGACGACAAAGCACCUAUCGUCACAGUGCACACCACACAAGAGUUCACUGACGAGACACUUACACCACUCGAUGACAUACAGAAGCCAGAUAAGGCUUAUGUGAUUGAGGAAGCUCCGGAUGAAGUGAAAGUUACGGAAGUGCGUACGGAAACUGGCGAGACCCAGAAGGUAAAGACCACAAAACGCGUCAUCCGAAAGAAACAAGGCCCAAAACAGGAAGUUACAGAAAUAACUACAGUCGAGAAAGACGGCGAAGCGCCAGUUACAACCGUGUCUAUAGUAGAGGAGAAGGCGCCGGAGGAAGAGACGAAACCGAUUGAAAUCAUCGAGCUUCCCGAGGAGACCGUCGUGGAAGAAGUGGAGACGCCUGAGGGUAAGCCAAAGCAUAAGAAAAUAACUAAACGCAUCAUCAAAAAGAAGGUAGGUCCAAACGUUGAAACUACACACAUCACCACUGAACAAGAAGACGACAAAGCACCUAUCGUCACAGUGCACACCACACAAGAGUUCACUGACGAGACACUCACACCACUCGACGACUUACACAAACCAGAUAGGGCUCAAGUGAUUGAGGAAGCUCCGGAAGAAGUGAAGGUUACAGAAGUGCGAACGGAAACCGGCGAGACCCAGAAAGUAAAGACCACAAAACGCGUCAUUCGAAAGAAACAAGGUCCAAAACAGGAUGUUACAGAAAUAACUACAGUCGAGAAAGACGGCGAAGCGCCAGUUACAACCGUGUCUAUAGUAGAGGACAAGGCGCCGAAGGAAGAGACAAAGCCGAUUGAAAUCAUCGAGCUUCCCGAGGAGACCGUCGUGGAAGAAGGGGAAACACCAGAGGGUAAGCCAAAGCAUAAGAAAAUAACUAAACGCAUCAUCAAAAAGAAGGUAGGUCCAAAAGUCGAAACAACACAAAUCAUCACUGAACAAGAAGACGACAAAGCACCUGUCGUCACAGUACACACCACACAAGAGUUCACUGACGAGACACUCACACCACUCGACGACUUACACAAACCAGAUAGGGCUCAAGUGAUUGAGGAAGCUCCGGAAGAGGUAAAAGUCACGGAAGUGCGCACGGAAACCGUAGAGAAAGACGGCGAAGCGCCAGUAACAACAGUUUCCGUAGUGGAAGAUAAGGUGCCGGAGGAAGAUAAAAAACCGAUUGAAGUCGUCGAAUUUCCCGAGCAGACGGUCGUGGAAGAAGUGGAGACGCGUGAGGGUAAGCCAAAGCAUAAGAAAAUGACUAAACGCAUCAUCAAAAAGAAGGUAGGUCCAAACGUUGAAACCACACACAUCACCACUGAACAAGAAGACGACAAAGCACCUGUCGUCACAGUGCACACAACACACGAAUUCACUGACGAGACACUCACACCACUCGACGACUUACACAAACCAGAUAGGGCUCAAGUGAUUGAGGAAGCUCCGGAAGAGGUGAAAGUCACGGAAGUGCGAACGGAAACCGGCGAGACCCAGAAAGUAAAGACCACAAAACGCGUCAUUCGAAAGAAACAAGGUACAAAACAGGAAGUUACGGAAAUAACUACAGUCGAGAAAGACGGCGAAGCGCCAGUUACAACCGUGUCUAUAGUAGAGGAAAAGGCGCCGGAGGAAGAGACAAAGCCGAUUGAAAUUGUCGAGCUUCCUGAAGAGACCGUUGUGGAACAAGAGGAAACACCUGAGGGUAAGCCAAAGCAUAAGAAAAUAACUAAACGCAUCAUCAAAAAGAAGGUAGGUCCAAAAGUCGAAACUACACAAAUCACCACUGAACAAGAAGACGACAAAGCACCUGUCGUCACAGUGCACACCUCACAAGAGUUAAUUGACGAGACACUUACACCACUCGAUGACUUACACAAACCAGAUAGGGCUCAAGUGAUUGAGGAAGCUCCGGAAGAAGUGAAGGUUACAGAAGUGCGAACGGAAACUGGCGAGACCCAGAAAGUAAAGACCACAAAACGCGUCAUUCGAAAGAAACAAGGUCCAAAACAGGAAGUUACAGAAAUAACUACAGUAGAGAAAGAAGGCGAAGCGCCAGUUACAACUGUUUCCGUAGUGGAAGAUAAGGCGCCGGAGGAAGAUAAAAAACCGAUUGAAAUCGUCGAACUUCCCGAGGAGACCGUCGUGGAAGAAGUGGAGACGCCUGAGGGUAAGCCAAAGCAUAAGAAAAUAACUAAACGCAUCAUCAAAAAGAAGGUAGGUCCAAACGUUGAAACUACACACAUCACCACUGAACAAGAAGACGACAAAGCACCUGUCGUCACAGUGCACACCACACAAGAGUUCACUGACGAGACUUUCACACCACUCGACGACUUACACAAACCAGAUAGGGCUCAAGUGAUUGAGGAAGCUCCGGAAGAAGUGAAGGUUACAGAAGUGCGAACGGAAACCGGCGAGACCCAGAAAGUAAAGACCACAAAACGCGUCAUUCGAAAGAAACAAGGUCCAAAACAGGAAGUUACAGAAAUAACUACAGUAGAGAAAGAAGGCGAAGCGCCAGUUACAACAGUUUCCGUAGUGGAAGAUAAGGCGCCGGAGGAAGAUAAAAAACCAAUUGAAAUCGUCGAGCUUCCCGAGGAGACCGUUGUGGAAGAAGGGGAAACACCAGAGGGUAAGCCAAAGCAUAAGAAAAUAACUAAACGCAUCAUCAAAAAGAAGGUAGGUCCAAAAGUCGAAACUACACAAAUAACCACUGAACAAGAAGACGACAAAGCACCUGUCGUCACAGUGCACACCACACAAGAGUUCACUGACGAGACACUCACACCACUCGACGACUUACACAAACCAGAUAGGGCUCAAGUGAUUGAGGAAGCUCCGGAAGAGGUGAAAGUCACGGAAGUGCGAACGGAAACCGGCGAGACCCAGAAAGUAAAGACCACAAAACGCGUCAUUCGAAAGAAACAAGGUACAAAACAGGAAGUUACGGAAAUAACUACAGUCGAGAAAGACGGCGAAGCGCCAGUUACAACCGUGUCUAUAGUAGAGGAAAAGGCGCCGGAGGAAGAGACAAAGCCGAUUGAAAUUGUCGAGCUUCCUGAAGAGACCGUUGUGGAACAAGGGGAAACACCUGAGGGUAAGCCAAAGCAUAAGAAAAUAACUAAACGCAUCAUCAAAAAGAAGGUAGGUCCAAAAGUCGAAACUACACAAAUCACCACUGAACAAGAAGACGACAAAGCACCUGUCGUCACAGUGCACACCUCACAAGAGUUAAUUGACGAGACACUUACACCACUCGAUGACAUACAAAAACCAGAUAAGGCUUAUGUGAUUGAGGAAGCUCCGGAAGAAGUGAAAGUUACAGAAGUGCGAACGGAAACUGGCGAGACCCAGAAGGUAAAGACCACAAAACGCGUCAUCCGAAAGAAACAAGGCCCAAAACAGGAAGUUACAGAAAUAACUACAGUCGAGAAAGACGGCGAAGCGCCAGUUACAACCGUGUCUAUAGUAGAGGAGAAGGCGCCGGAGGAAGAGACGAAACCGAUUGAAAUCAUCGAGCUUCCCGAGGAGACCGUCGUGGAAGAAGUGGAGACGCCUGAGGGUAAGCCAAAGCAUAAGAAAAUAACUAAACGCAUCAUUAAAAAGAAGGUAGGUCCAAAAGUCGAAACAACACAAAUCACCACUGAACAAGAAGACGACAAAGCACCUGUCGUCACAGUGCACACCACACAAGAGUUCACUGACGAGACACUCACACCACUCGACGACUUACACAAACCAGAUAGGGCUCAAGUGAUUGAGGAAGCUCCGGAAGAAGUGAAGGUUACAGAAGUGCGAACGGAAACCGGCGAGACCCAGAAAGUAAAGACCACAAAACGCGUCAUUCGAAAGAAACAAGGUCCAAAACAGGAAGUUACAGAAAUAACUACAGUAGAGAAAGAAGGCGAAGCGCCAGUUACAACAGUUUCCGUAGUGGAAGAUAAGGCGCCGGAGAAAGAUAAAAAACCAAUUGAAAUCGUCGAGCUUCCCGAGGAGACCGUUGUGGAAGAAGGGGAAACACCAGAGGGUAAGCCAAAGCAUAAGAAAAUAACUAAACGCAUCAUCAAAAAGAAGGUAGGUCCAAAAGUCGAAACUACACAAAUAACCACUGAACAAGAAGACGACAAAGCACCUGUCGUCACAGUGCACACCACACAAGAGUUCACUGACGAGACACUCACACCACUCGACGACUUACACAAACCAGAUAGGGCUCAAGUGAUUGAGGAAGCUCCGGAAGAGGUGAAAGUCACGGAAGUGCGAACGGAAACCGGCGAGACCCAGAAAGUAAAGACCACAAAACGCGUCAUUCGAAAGAAACAAGGUACAAAACAGGAAGUUACGGAAAUAACUACAGUCGAGAAAGACGGCGAAGCGCCAGUUACAACCGUGUCUAUAGUAGAGGAAAAGGCGCCGGAGGAAGAGACAAAGCCGAUUGAAAUUGUCGAGCUUCCUGAAGAGACCGUUGUGGAACAAGGGGAAACACCUGAGGGUAAGCCAAAGCAUAAGAAAAUAACUAAACGCAUCAUCAAAAAGAAGGUAGGUCCAAAAGUCGAAACUACACAAAUCACCACUGAACAAGAAGACGACAAAGCACCUGUCGUCACAGUGCACACCUCACAAGAGUUAAUUGACGAGACACUUACACCACUCGAUGACAUACAAAAACCAGAUAAGGCUUAUGUGAUUGAGGAAGCUCCGGAAGAAGUGAAAGUUACAGAAGUGCGAACGGAAACUGGCGAGACCCAGAAGGUAAAGACCACAAAACGCGUCAUCCGAAAGAAACAAGGCCCAAAACAGGAAGUUACAGAAAUAACUACAGUCGAGAAAGACGGCGAAGCGCCAGUUACAACCGUGUCUAUAGUAGAGGAGAAGGCGCCGGAGGAAGAGACGAAACCGAUUGAAAUCAUCGAGCUUCCCGAGGAGACCGUCGUGGAAGAAGUGGAGACGCCUGAGGGUAAGCCAAAGCAUAAGAAAAUAACUAAACGCAUCAUUAAAAAGAAGGUAGGUCCAAAAGUCGAAACAACACAAAUCACCACUGAACAAGAAGACGACAAAGCACCUGUCGUCACAGUGCACACCACACAAGAGUUCACUGACGAGACACUCACACCACUCGACGACUUACACAAACCAGAUAGGGCUCAAGUGAUUGAGGAAGCUCCGGAAGAGGUAAAAGUCACGGAAGUGCGCACGGAAACCGGUAGGACCCAAAAAGUAAAGACCACAAAACGCGUCAUUCGAAAGAAACAAGGUCCAAAACAGGAAGUUACAGAAAUAACUACAGUCGAGAAAGACGGCGAAGCGCCAGUUACAACCGUGUCUAUAGUAGAGGACAAGGCGCCGGAGGAAGAAACAAAGCCGAUUGAAAUCAUCGAGCUUCCCGAGGAGACCGUCGUGGAAGAAGGGGAAACACCAGAGGGUAAGCCAAAGCAUAAGAAAAUAACUAAACGCAUCAUCAAAAAGAAGGUAGGUCCAAAAGUCGAAACUACACAAAUCACCACUGAACAAGAAGACGACAAAGCACCUGUCGUCACAGUGCACACAACACAAGAGUUCACUGACGAGACACUCACACCACUCCACGACUCACACAAACCAGAUACGGCUCAAGUGAUUGAGGAAGCUCCGGAAGAAGUGAAAGUUACGGAAGUGCGUACGGAAACUGGCGAAACCCAGAAAGUAAAAACCACAAAACGCGUCAUUCGAAAGAAACAAGGUCCAAAACAGGAAGUUACAGAAAUAACUACAGUCGAGAAAGACGGCGAAGCGCCAGUUACAACCGUGUCUAUAGUAGAGGAGAAGGCGCCGGAGGAAGAGACGAAACCGAUUGAAAUCAUCGAGCUUCCCGAGGAGACCGUCGUGGAAGAAGUGGAGACGCCUGAGGGUAAGCCAAAGCAUAAGAAAAUAACUAAACGCAUCAUCAAAAAGAAGGUAGGUCCAAACGUUGAAACUACACACAUCACCACUGAACAAGAAGACGACAAAGCACCUGUCGUCACAGUGCACACCACACAAGAGUUCACUGACGAGACACUCACACCACUCGACGACUUACACAAACCAGAUAGGGCUCAAGUGAUUGAAGAUGCUCCGGAAGAAGUGAAGGUUACAGAAGUGCGAACGGAAACCGGCGAGACCCAGAAAGUAAAGACCACAAAACGCGUCAUUCGAAAGAAACAAGGUCCAAAACAGGAAGUUACAGAAAUAACUACAGUCGAGAAAGAAGGCGAAGCGCCAGUUACAAUUGUUUCCGUAGUGGAAGAUAAGGCGCCGGAGGAAGAUAAAAAACCGAUUGAAAUCGUCGAACUUCCCGAGGAGACCGUCGUGGAAGAAGUGGAGACGCCUGAGGGUAAGCCAAAGCAUAAGAAAAUAACUAAACGCAUCAUCAAAAAGAAGGUAGGUCCAAACGUUGAAACCACACACAUCACCACUGAACAAGAAGACGACAAAGCACCUGUCGUCACAGUACACACCACACAAGAGUUCACUGACGAGACACUCACACCACUCGACGACUUACACAAACCAGAUAGGGCUCAAGUGAUUGAGGAAGCUCCGGAAGAAGUGAAGGUUACAGAAGUGCGAACGGAAACCGGCGAGACCCAGAAAGUAAAGACCACAAAACGCGUCAUUCGAAAGAAACAAGGUCCAAAACAGGAAGUUACAGAAAUAACUACAGUAGAGAAAGAAGGCGAAGCGCCAGUUACAACAGUUUCCGUAGUGGAAGAUAAGGCGCCGGAGGAAGAUAAAAAACCGAUUGAAAUCGUCGAGCUUCCCGAGGUGACCGUCGUGGAAGAAAUGGAGACGCCUGAGGGUAAGCCAAAGCAUAAGAAAAUAACUAAACGCAUCAUCAAAAAGAAGGUAGGUCCAAACGUUGAAACCACACACAUCACCACUGAACAAGAAGACGACAAAGCACCUGUCGUCACAGUACACACAACACACGAAUUCACUGACGAGACACUCACACCACUCGACGACUUACACAAACCAGAUAGGGCUCAAGUGAUUGAGGAAGCUCCGGAAGAGGUAAAAGUCACGGAAGUGCUAACGGAAACCGGCGAGACCCAGAAAGUAAAGACCACAAAACGCGUCAUUCGAAAGAAACAAGGUCCAAAACAGGAAGUUACAGAAAUAACUACAGUAGAGAAAGAAGGCGAAGCGCCAGUUACAACAGUUUCCGUAGUGGAAGAUAAGGCGCCGGAGGAAGAUAAAAAACCGAUUGAAAUCGUCGAGCUUCCCGAGGAGACCGUCGUGGAAGAAGUGGAGACGCCUGAGGGUAAGCCAAAGCAUAAGAAAAUAACUAAACGCAUCAUCAAAAAGAAGGUAGGUCCAAACGUUGAAACCACACACAUCACCACUGAACAAGAAGACGACAAAGCACCUGUCGUCACAGUACACACAACACACGAAUUCACUGACGAGACACUCACACCACUCGACGACUUACACAAACCAGAUAGGGCUCAAGUGAUUGAGGAAGCUCCGGAAGAGGUGAAAGUCACGGAAGUGCUAACGGAAACCGGCGAGACCCAGAAAGUAAAGACCACAAAACGCGUCAUUCGAAAGAAACAAGGUCCAAAACAGGAAGUUACAGAAAUAACUACAGUCGAGAAAGACGGCGAAGCGCCAGUUACAACAGUGUCUAUAGUAGAGGACAAGGCGCCGGAGGAAGAGACAAAGCCGAUUGAAAUCAUCGAGCUUCCCGAGGAGACCGUCGUGGAAGAAGGGGAAACACCAGAGGGUAAGCCAAAGCAUAAGAAAAUAACUAAACGCAUCAUCAAAAAGAAGGUAGGUCCAAAAGUCGAAACUACACAAAUCACCACUGAACAAGAAGACGACAAAGCACCUGUCGUCACAGUGCACACCACACAAGAGUUCACUGACGAGACACUCACACCACUCGACGACUUACACAAACCAGAUAGGGCUCAAUUGAUUGAGGAAGCUCCGGAAGAAGUGAAGGUUACAGAAGUGCGAACGGUAACCGGCGAGACCCAGAAAGUAAAGACCACAAAACGCGUCAUUCGAAAGAAACAAGGUCCAAAACAGGAAGUUACAGAAAUAACUACAGUAGAGAAAGAAGGUGAAGCGCCAGUUACAACAGUUUCCGUAGUGGAAGAUAAGGCGCAGGAAGAAGAUAAAAAACCGAUUGAAAUCGUCGAGCUUCCCGAGGUGACCGUCGUGGAAGAAAUGGAGACGCCUGAGGGUAAGCCAAAGCAUAAGAAAAUAACUAAACGCAUCCUCAAAAAGAAGGUAGGUCCAAACGUUGAAACUACACACAUCACCACUGAACAAGAAGACGACAAAGCACCUGUCGUCACAGUACACACAACACACGAAUUCACUGACGAGACACUCACACCACUCGACGACUUACACAAACCAGAUAGGGCUCAAGUGAUUGAGGAAGCUCCGGAAGAGGUAAAAGUCACGGAAGUGCGAACGGAAACCGGCGAAACCCAGAAAGUAAAGACCACAAAACGCGUAAUUCGAAAGAAACAAGGUCCAAAACAGGAUGUUACAGAAAUAACUACAGUCGAGAAAGACGGCGAAGCGCCAGUUACAACCGUGUCUAUAGUAGAGGACAAGGCGCCGAAGGAAGAGACAAAGCCGAUUGAAAUCAUCGAGCUUCCCGAGGAGACCGUCGUGGAAGAAGGGGAAACACCAGAGGGUAAGCCAAAGCAUAAGAAAAUAACUAAACGCAUCAUCAAAAAGAAGGUAGGUCCAAAAGUCGAAACAACACAAAUCAUCACUGAACAAGAAGACGACAAAGCACCUGUCGUCACAGUACACACCACACAAGAGUUCACUGACGAGACACUCACACCACUCGACGACUUACACAAACCAGAUAGGGCUCAAGUGAUUGAGGAAGCUCCGGAAGAGGUAAAAGUCACGGAAGUGCGCACGGAAACCGGUGAGACCCAAAAAGUAAAGACCACAAAACGCGUCAUUCGAAAGAAACAAGGUCCAAAACAGGAAGUUACAGAAAGGUCCAAAACAGAAGUUACAGAAAUAACUACAGUCGAGAAAGAAGGCGAAGCGCCAGUUACAACCGUGUCCAUAGUAGAGGACAAGAUGCCGGAGGAAGAAACAAAGCCGAUUGAAAUCGUCGAGCUUCCCGAGGAGACCGUCGUGGAAGAAGUGGAGACGCCUGAGGUGCACACAACACACGAAUUCACUGACGAGACACUCACACCACUCGACGACUUACACAAACCAGAUAGGGCUCAAUUGAUUGAGGAAGCUCCGGAAGAAGUGAAAGUUACGGAAGUGCGAACGGAAACUGGCGAGACCCAGAAAGUAAAGACCACAAAACGCGUAAUUCGAAAGAAACAAGGUCCAAAACAGGAAGUUACAGAAAUAACUACAGUCGAGAAAGAAGGCGAAGCGCCAGUUACAACCGUGUCCAUAGUAGAGGACAAGGUGCCGGAGGAAGAAACAAAGCCGAUUGAAAUCGUCGAGCUUCCCGAGGAGACCGUCGUGGAAGAAGUGGAGACGCCUGAGGGUAAGCCAAAGCAUAAGAAAAUAACUAAACGCAUCAUCAAAAAGAAGGUAGGUCCAAAAAUUGAAACCACUCACAUCACCACUGAACAAGAAGACGACAAAGCACCUGUCGUCACAGUACAUACAACACACGAAUUCACUGACGAAACACUCACACCACUCGAUGACUUACACAAACCAGAUAGGGCUCAAGUGAUUGAGGAAGCUCCGGAAGAAGUGAAAGUUACGGAUGUGCGAACGGAAACUGGCGAGACCCAGAAAGUAAAGACCACAAAACGCGUCAUUCGAAAGAAACAAGGUCCAAAACAGGAAGUUACAGAAAUAACUACAGUCGAGAAAGAAGGCGAAGCGCCAGUUACAACCGUGUCCAUAGUAGAGGACAAGGUGCCGGAGGAAGAAACAAAGCCGAUUGAAAUCGUCGAGCUUCCCGAGGAGACCGUCGUGGAAGAAGUGGAGACGCCUGAGGGUAAGCCAAAGCAUAAGAAAAUAACUAAACGCAUCAUCAAAAAGAAGGUAGGUCCAAACGUUGAAACCACACACAUCACCACUGAACAAGAAGACGACAAAGCACCUGUCGUCACAGUACACACAACACACGAAUUCACUGACGACACACUCACACCACUCGAUGACUUACACAAACCAGAUAGGGCUCAAGUGAUUGAGGAAGCUCCGGAAGAAGUGAAAGUUACGGAUGUGCGAACGGAAACUGGCGAGACCCAGAAAGUAAAGACCACAAAACGCGUCAUUCGAAAGAAACAAGGUCCAAAACAGGAAGUUACAGAAAUAACUACAGUCGAGAAAGAAGGCGAAGCGCCAGUUACAACCGUGUCCAUAGUAGAGGACAAGAAGGUAGGUCCAAACGUUGAAACCACACACAUCACCACUGAACAAGAAGACGACAAAGCACCUGUCGUCACAGUACACACAACACACGAAUUCACUGACGAGACACUCACACCACUCGACGACUUACACAAACCAGAUAGGGCUCAAGUGAUUGAGGAAGCUCCGGAAGAAGAAGUUACAGAAAUAACUACAGUCGAGAAAGAAGGCGAAGCGCCAGUUACAACAGUUUCCGUAGUGGAAGAUAAGGCGCCGGAGGAAGAUAAAAAACCGAUUGAAAUCGUCGAACUUCCCGAGGAGACCGUCGUGGAAGAAGUGGAGACGCCUGAGGGUAAGCCAAAGAAUAAGAAAAUAACUAAACGCAUCAUCAAAAAGAAGGUAGGUCAAAACGUUGAAACCACACACAUCACCACUGAACAAGAAGACGACAAAGCACCUGUCGUCACAGUGCACACCACACAAGAGUUCACUGACGAGACACUCACACCACUCGACGACUUACACAAACCAGAUAGGGCUCAAGUGAUUGAGGAAGCUCCGGAAGAAGUGAAAGUUACAGAAGUGCGAACGGAAACCGGCGAGACCCAGAAAGUAAAGACCACAAAACGCGUCAUUCGAAAGAAACAAGGUCCAAAACAGGAAAUUACAGAAAUAACUACAGUAGAGAAAGAAGGCGAAGCGCCAGUUACAACAGUUUCCGUAGUGGAAGAUAAGGCGCCGGAGGAAGAUAAAAAACCGAUUGAAAUCGUCGAGCUUCCCGAGGUGACCGUCGUGGAAGAAAUGGAGACGCCUGAGGGUAAGCCAAAGCAUAAGAAAAUAACUAAACGCAUCAUCAAAAAGAAGGUAGGUCCAAACGUUGAAACCACACACAUCACCACUGAACAAGAAGACGACAAAGUACCUGUCGUCACAGUGCACACCACACAAGAGUUCACUGACGAGACACUCACACCAAUCGACGACUUACACAAACCAGAUAGGGCUCAAGUGAUUGAGGAAGCUCCGGAAGAAGUGAAGGUUACAGAAGUGCGAACGGAAACCGGCGAGACCCAGAAAGUAAAGACCACAAAACGCGUCAUUCGAAAGAAACAAGGUCCAAAACAGGAAGUUACAGAAAUAACUACAGUCGAGAAAGAAGGCGAAGCGCCAGUUACAACCGUGUCCAUAGUAGAGGACAAGGUGCCGGAGGAAGAAACAAAGCCGAUUGAAAUCGUCGAGCUUCCCGAGGAGACCGUCGUGGAAGAAGUGGAGACGCCUGAGGGUAAGCCAAAGCAUAAGAAAAUCACUAAACGCAUCAUCAAAAAGAAGGUAGGUCCAAACGUUGAAACCACACACAUCACCACUGAACAAGAAGACGACAAAGCACCUGUCGUCACAGUACACACAACACACGAAUUCACUGACGAGACACUCACACCACUCGAUGACUUACACAAACCAGAUAGGGCUCAAGUGAUUGAGGAAGCUCCGGAAGAAGUGAAAGUUACGGAAGUGCGAACGGAAACCGGCGAGACCCAGAAAUCGAGAGAAGAAGGCGAAGCGCCAGUUACAACCGUGUCCAUAGUAGAGGACAAGGUGCCGGAGGAAGAAACAAAGCCGAUUGAAAUCGUCGAGCUUCCCGAGGAGACCGUCGUGGAAGAAGUGGAGACGCCUGAGGGUAAGCCAAAGCAUAAGAAAAUAACUAAACGCAUCAUCAAAAAGAAGGUAGGUCCAAACGUUGAAACCACACACAUCACCACUGAACAAGAAGACGACAAAGCACCUGUCGUCACAGUACACACAACACACGAAUUCACUGACGACACACUCACACCACUCGAUGACUUACACAAACCAGAUAGGGCUCAAGUGAUUGAGGAAGCUCCGGAAAAAGUGAAAGUUACGGAAGUGCGAACGGAAACCGGUGAGACCCAGAAAGUAAAGACCACAAAACGCGUCAUUCGAAAGAAACAAGGUCCAAAACAGGAAGUUACAGAAAUAACUACAGUCGAGAAAGAAGGCGAAGCGCCAGUUACAACCGUGUCCAUAGUAGAGGACAAGGUGCCGGAGGAAGAAACAAAGCCGAUUGAAAUCGUCGAGCUUCCCGAGGAGACCGUCGUGGAAGAAGUGGAGACGCCUGAGGGUAAGCCAAAGCAUAAGAAAAUAACUAAACGCUUCAUCAAAAAGAAGGUAGGUCCAAACGUUGAAACCACACACAUCACCACUGAACAAGAAGACGACAAAGCACCUGUCGUCACAGUACACACAACACACGAAUUCACUGACGACACACUCACACCACUCGAUGACUUACACAAACCAGAUAGGGCUCAAGUGAUUGAGGAAGCUCCGGAAGAAGUGAAAGUUACGGAAGUGCGAACGGAAACCGGCGAGACCCAGAAAGUAAAGACCACAAAACGCGUCAUUCGAAAGAAACAAGGUCCAAAACAGGAAGUUACAGAAAUAACUACAGUCGAGAAAGAAGGCGAAGCGCCAGUUACAACCGUGUCCAUAGUAGAGGACAAGGUGCCGGAGGAAGAAACAAAGCCGAUUGAAAUCGUCGAGCUUCCCGAGGAGACCGUCGUGGAAGAAGUGGAGACGCCUGAGGGUAAGCCAAAGCAUAAGAAAAUAACUAAACGCAUCAUCAAAAAGAAGGUAGGUCCAAACGUUGAAACCACACACAUCACCACUGAACAAGAAGACGACAAAGCACCUGUCGUCACAGUACACACAACACACGAAUUCACUGACGACACACUCACACCACUCGAUGACUUACACAAACCAGAUAGGGCUCAAGUGAUUGAGGAAGCUCCGGAAAAAGUGAAAGUUACGGAAGUGCGAACGGAAACUGGCGAGACCCAGAAAGUAAAGACCACAAAACGCGUAAUUCGAAAGAAACAAGGUCCAAAACAGGAAGUUACAGAAAUAACUACAGUCGAGAAAGAAGGCGAAGCGCCAGUUACAACCGUGUCCAUAGUAGAGGACAAGGUGCCGGAGGAAGAAACAAAGCCGAUUGAAAUCGUCGAGCUUCCCGAGGAGACCGUCGUGGAAGAAGUGGAGACGCCUGAGGGUAAGCCAAAGCAUAAGAAAAUAACUAAACGCAUCAUCAAAAAGAAGGUAGGUCCAAACGUUGAAACCACACACAUCACCACUGAACAAGAAGACGACAAAGCACCUGUCGUCACAGUACACACAACACACGAAUUCACUGACGACACACUCACACCACUCGAUGACUUACACAAACCAGAUAGGGCUCAAGUGAUUGAGGAAGCUCCGGAAGAAGUGAAAGUUACGGAUGUGCGAACGGAAACUGGCAAGACCCAGAAAGUAAAGACCACAAAACGCGUCAUUCGAAAGAAACAAGGUCCAAAACAGGAAGUUACAGAAAUAACUACAGUCGAGAAAGAAGGCGAAGCGCCAGUUACAACCGUGUCCAUAGUAGAGGACAAGGUGCCGGAGGAAGAAACAAAGCCGAUUGAAAUCAUCGAGCUUCCCGAGGAGACCGUCGUGGAAGAAGUGGAGACGCCUGAGGGUAAGCCAAAGCAUAAGAAAAUAACUAAACGCAUCAUCAAAAAGAAGGUAGGUCCAAACGUUGAAACCACACACAUCACCACUGAACAAGAAGACGACAAAGCACCUGUCGUCACAGUACACACAACACACGAAUUCACUGACGACACACUCACACCACUCGAUGACUUACACAAACCAGAUAGGGCUCAAGUGAUUGAGGAAGCUCCGGAAAAAGUGAAAGUUACGGAAGUGCGAACGGAAACAGGCGAGACCCAGAAAGUUAAGACCACAAAACGCGUCAUUCGAAAGAAACAAGGUCCAAAACAGGAAGUUACAGAAAUAACUACAGUCGAGAAAGAAGGCGAAGCGCCAGUUACAACCGUGUCCAUAGUAGAGGACAAGGUGCCGGAGGAAGAAACAAAGCCGAUUGAAAUCGUCGAGCUUCCCGAGGAGACCGUCGUGGAAGAAGUGGAGACGCCUGAGGGUAAGCCAAAGCAUAAGAAAAUAACUAAACGCAUCAUCAAAAAGAAGGUAGGUCCAAACGUUGAAACCACACACAUCACCACUGAACAAGAAGACGACAAAGCACCUGUCGUCACAGUACACACAACACACGAAUUCACUGACGACACACUCACACCACUCGAUGACUUACACAAACCAGAUAGGGCUCAAGUGAUUGAGGAAGCUCCGGAAAAAGUGAAAGUUACGGAAGUGCGAACGGAAACAGGCGAGACCCAGAAAGUUAAGACCACAAAACGCGUCAUUCGAAAGAAACAAGGUCCAAAACAGGAAGUUACAGAAAUAACUACAGUCGAGAAAGAAGGCGAAGCGCCAGUUACAACCGUGUCCAUAGUAGAGGACAAGGUGCCGGAGGAAGAAACAAAGCCGAUUGAAAUCGUCGAGCUUCCCGAGGAGACCGUCGUGGAAGAAGUGGAGACGCCUGAGGGUAAGCCAAAGCAUAAGAAAAUAACUAAACGCAUCAUCAAAAAGAAGGUAGGUCCAAACGUUGAAACCACACACAUCACCACUGAACAAGAAGACGACAAAGCACCUGUCGUCACAGUACACACAACACACGAAUUCACUGACGACACACUCACACCACUCGAUGACUUACACAAACCAGAUAGGGCUCAAGUGAUUGAGGAAGCUCCGGAAAAAGUGAAAGUUACGGAAGUGCGAACGGAAACAGGCGAGACCCAGAAAGUUAAGACCACAAAACGCGUCAUUCGAAAGAAACAAGGUCCAAAACAGGAAGUUACAGAAAUAACUACAGUCGAGAAAGAAGGCGAAGCGCCAGUUACAACCGUGUCCAUAGUAGAGGACAAGGUGCCGGAGGAAGAAACAAAGCCGAUUGAAAUCGUCGAGCUUCCCGAGGAGACCGUCGUGGAAGAAGUGGAGACGCCUGAGGGUAAGCCAAAGCAUAAGAAAAUAACUAAACGCAUCAUCAAAAAGAAGGUAGGUCCAAACGUUGAAACCACACACAUCACCACUGAACAAGAAGACGACAAAGCACCUGUCGUCACAGUACACACAACACACGAAUUCACUGACGACACACUCACACCACUCGAUGACUUACACAAACCAGAUAGGGCUGAAUUGAUUGAGGAAGCUCCGGAAGAAGUGAAAGUUACGGAAGUGCGAACGGAAACUGGCGAGACCCAGAAAGUAAAGACCACAAAACGCGUAAUUCGAAAGAAACAAGGUCCAAAACAGGAAGUUACAGAAAUAACUACAGUCGAGAAAGAAGGCGAAGCGCCAGUUACAACCGUGUCCAUAGUAGAGGACAAGGUGCCGGAGGAAGAAACAAAGCCGAUUGAAAUCGUCGAGCUUCCCGAGGAGACCGUCGUGGAAGAAGUGGAGACGCCUGAGGGUAAGCCAAAGCAUAAGAAAAUAACUAAACGCAUCAUCAAAAAGAAGGUAGGUCCAAACGUUGAAACCACACACAUCACCACUGAACAAGAAGACGACAAAGCACCUGUCGUCACAGUACACACAACACACGAAUUCACUGACGACACACUCACGCCACUCGAUGACUUACACAAACCAGAUAGGGCUCAAGUGAUUGAGGAAGCUCCGGAAAAAGUGAAAGUUACGGAUGUGCGAACGGAAACUGGCGAGACCCAGAAAGUAAAGACCACAGAACGCGUCAUUCGAAAGAAACAAGGGCCAAAACAGGAAGUUACAGAAAUAACUACAGUCGAGAAAGAAGGCGAAGCGCCAGUUACAACCGUGUCCAUAGUAGAGGACAAGGUGCCGGAGGAAGAAACAAAGCCGAUUGAAAUCAUCGAGCUUCCCGAGGAGACCGUCGUGGAAGAAGUGGAGACGCCUGAGGGUAAGCCAAAGCAUAAGAAAAUAACUAAACGCAUCAUCAAAAAGAAAGUAGGUCCAUACGUUGAAACCACACACAUCACCACUGAACAAGAAGACGACAAAGCACCUGUCGUCACAGUACACACAACACACGAAUUAACUGACGACACACUCACACCACUCGAUGACUUACACAAACCAGAUAGGGCUCAAGUUAUUUCGAAAGCUCCUGAAAAAGGGAAAGUUAUGAAACACGAUCAGGUGCUGGAAGAGAAGAUCAUAAACGAUACAUUGACAUCUCUCAAGAUAACUGAAGAAGCUGUUAAAGAAUUACCGAAACAAAUAAUUACAGAAGCCAUAGAAAAACCUCAGGAGAAACCUAAAAAUCUUAAAAAUAAAGUAACUUUGAAACCGCAGAAGAUAGAACGUGGCACGUUGGAAAUAAAUGAAGCACAAUAUCCAGAAGACAUUGUUCAACCUCAAUUUGUAAAUCUUAAGCUUAAGAAAUCAACAAUCAAACCUAAACAAGAACCAACCGUCUCCAAAUUGCCUAAAAUUCAGCUUAAAAGUCGCAUUAAGUUCGUUACAGAUUGGCCUCCAAAAGACGUUAAGCCAGUUAUUUCAUACUUGGGUAGUGUUAAGCAAAAUGGCGAAUUAUCCCGAAAUUUGAAAGAAGCGGCAAAAAUUAAAAAGAAACCUUUAAAAAUACCUAAGCUUCCAGAAAUAGAAAAGGUUGAGUUAGAAGAACCCGAAGACUUAAACUAUGUAAAAGAAAAGGAAUUUGUAGAGAAUAUUCCUGAAAAACCAAUAGACUCUGAAGCACAACCUGAGAUUACUGAAAACGAAAAACAUAUUAAGCCUGUCGUAAGUAUACUUAGUAACGAAGAGUCAACUACACCUACCACGAUCAAGAAAAAGCUAAAAUUAAAGCCUUUGUCUAUUGAAGAAAAGGUUAUAGAAGAAAAUAAGCCUCAGUUCGCAGAAAGUUCUGAUGAACCAGUAUUCAAAAACUUAAAAUUAAAGAAAGCAGUGAUAAAAACAAAACAAGAAGAUUCAGUUGUAAAAGUACCAAAAAUACAACUCAAAAGUCGUAUUAAGUUUAUAACAGACUGGCCACCAGAAAUUAUAAAACCUAAUGUUACGUUUUUGGGAUGCGUUCGACAAAAUGGAAUUCUUUCUCGAAACAUAAAAGAAGCAACAAAGAUUAAGAAGAAGGUCUUAAAACAACCACAACUACCUGAUUUACAGAAAACGGAAUUAGAGAAACCUAUGUUCACCCACGAAGAUAUAGUAGAAACUGUAACAAAAUUACCUGAUAAAGAAAUAAUAAUAAACGAAGAUGCCGCACAGAAACCAUCUGAAAGCGAAACUUAUAAAGAACAAACAAACGUAAUCGAAGAUAUAAAUGAUGAGCCAAAAGAAAAAGAAGAAGAACCUGAGCAUUUCACUAUCAAACCUCGACGGCCAAGUGUAAAAAAGACCGAAGAAAUAGUUGAUGAAGUGACUAUAAAAAAGAAGUUAAAACCUGUCCGGAAGUCCUCAGUAACCCUGCCAGAAAUAACUGAACCAGAAGAAGUUACCUUUAGACCUAAAUCUGUUACUACUAAGGAAGACGUGGAGCAAGAAUUUAAUAUACACCUAGAUUCAUACCAAGAGGAGCAGAUAUCGAUGUCCAGUAAAGUUAAAUUAAAACCCCAAAGAACGCCUACCUUUAAUGAAGAAGCAGAUGAGACGUCUAUAAAGGUCUAUGAAGAGAAAGAAGGUGAAGAUAUAGUGGAAAUAAUUGAAAAUUAUGAAGAAAAGGACGAAAAUACCAAUAUAAUAAUGCCACUCAAAAAACCAAAGAGAAUAAUAGUUGAUAGCACUGAAGAUAUAAUAUCUAAUGUUGUUAUGUCGAAACCUAAGACUUCAGAAAAGGAAACAGAAUUUAUAGAAGAUGUAACAUUUGAAUUAGGCAAAAAAACCGAGUACGUUAUAGAUAAUCAAGAAAUUUCAUUCGAUAUAAAACAGCAAACAGAAGAAUUCAAACAGGAAGAUUUAUCUCUUUCUAGUAAUAUAAAGCUUGCCCAUAAGAAAAAAAUAACAGUAUCUGAAGAAGCAGAUGAAACUUCAAUCCGCUUGGAGAAAGAAAUAGAAGAUGACAGCCAAGCAGAGGAAGUAAUUAUAAGUGAGGCAGAAUCUGAGGAAAAUAUUCAAAUGGUGAUUAAAAGAAAACCUAAGAAACCAACAUAUGAGGUGAGUGAAGUAGAAGAACUCAGUGUGGAAUUCAAACCAAAGAGAAUAAUGAGUCAAACAUUCGAAGAAGACGAACUCACUAUAUCAGCUAAGAGAAAGCCCAAGAAGCCAGUGAAAGUUCAAGAGGCUGAAGCUACUAUGAGUAUUGCAAAGGAACAAGAAUUUCCAGAAACUCCUGUUGAUGUACGGUGUGGAGACACAGUAUUUGCGGUUUACUCGUACGUUGCGGAAACCGACGAAGCUAUUAGUCUCGUCGAAGGCGAACGGCUCUACAUUCUAGAUACAACCAAUCAAGACUGGUGGUUUGUUCGCAAGCAUCUUACUGAGGAGAAAGGUUGGGUCCCAGCGCAAUAUCUCAUGGACGAAGCUAAUUAUACCCUGUACCUGCAGAAGAAAUUGAAUGAGAAAAUUGAUAAACUUCCCGUAUUUGAAAAACCAACAUCUGAAGAACAAGCGAUCGCUCCUAUAUUCGUUGAAAAACUGCGCCCAAAACAUACACCAGAUGGCUCCACAGUACAGUUUGAGUGCCAAGUUGAAGGAUAUCCAAGGCCACAAAUAACUUGGUUCAGGCAAACAGCCAUAAUUAAACCCUCACAAGAUUUUCAAAUGUAUUAUGAUGAUGAUAACGUUGCCACGCUUGUGAUUAGGGAAGUGUUCCCCGAAGACGCUGGAACGUUCACUUGUGUUGCCAAAAACGCAGCCGGCUUUGCGUCUAGCACAACAGAACUGAUUGUAGAAGCUCCUCUAUCUGAUCAUGGCUCAGAAAUGACAGUUUUGUCAAGAAAAAGUCUAUCUAGGGAGUCAUCCUUAGCUGAUAUACUAGAGGGUAUACCACCAACUUUCUCUAAACGCCCAAAGGCGCAAUACGUUGAUGAAGGCUCAGAAAUAUUCCUAGAAUGCAGAUUGGUUGCCAUUCCGGAACCUGACAUUGCAUGGUUCUUCAAAGGAGAAGAGAUUAUGCCAAAUGAUAAUAUUUCCAUUGUAACUGAGUCCGACAUGCACAUGUAUUGUAGCGUCCUUAAAAUAUCGAAUGUCAAAAAGUUCCAAGAAGGCACGUAUACAGUUUUAGCUGUUAAUAGAGAGGGUGAAGCGAGUUUACCCAUUGUUUUGAAAAUCAGAACCGGCGAUAAAGAAAAGCCUCAGGUAAUAGAGCCGCUGAAGAGCAUGAUUAUAAGAGAAGGGGAAAGUUUUGUUCUAACCACACAGGUAGUAGGAACACCAGAGCCGAAGGUUACGUGGUACAAAAACAACAAACCAGUUAAAGCACCUUCACAAAAAUCAGACGGCAAUGUCCACUCGAUAACAAUAAUCAAGCCCAAGAAAGGAAAAGAUGAUGGAGUUUACACUCUAAAGGCAACCAAUUCAGAGGGAACUGCGGAGACAAGUGCUGUGAUAACUAUUGAAGAACCUACAGAAGAAAACGCAGAACCACCGCUGUUCAUAAAUCGAUUCCAAGAAUUGACAGUUAAAGAAAAUGGCACUAUCAAACUAAACGCUAAGGUUACGGGCAAUCCUGUACCUAUAAUAACUUGGUAUCGUAACAACCAGAUUCUCAAACCGAGCGAAACGAUCACCCAGAAAUUCGACGGAGAGAACAUAGAAUUAAUUAUAACAAAUGUUGAUUCCGAAAUCGAUUCGGGUGAUUACAAAUGCGUCGCAGCAAAUUCCGCAGGAAAAGCCUCUCACGGUGCGAGAGUCACUAUCGACGUAGACAAAGUUACAUUCGUUAAAAACCUUAAAAACCGUUACGUUACAGAAGAAGGUAAAACGGUCAUAUUAGAAUGUGAAACAUCCCAUACUGUUUCAACGAAGUGGUAUCACAAUGGUAAAGAACUAAGCGGAAUGGACCACAGAGAAAUUAUACAAGAAAGUCGCAUUCACAAACUGAGAAUUAAGAAAUCAAAGCUGACGGACAAAGGAGCAAUAAAAUGUGUGGUUAAAGAUCAAGAAACAAGCACAGAACUGAUUGUAAACGAAACAGUGCCAGAGUUUAUUAGGAAAUUACAAGAUUUCGAAGUCAAAGAACGAGAUAUCGCGAUAUUGGAAGUGGAAAUCAAUUCAGAAACUGCAGACGUUAUUUGGGAACAUGAUGGUGAACCGAUCAAACCGAAGAAGAACAAAUAUGAAUUAGAAAAACGUGGAAAUGUUAGGAAGCUAUUUAUUCGUAAUACAUCAGUUCACGAUGAAGGUGAAUACACGUGCAAGUUACGCGACGAUUCGUGUACAGCAGAAGUGACUGUUGUGGAAUUACCACCAGAAAUCAUCAAGAGGCUCAAAGAUCAAAAGGUUAAUAGAGGAAAUAAGGCGACAUUUGAAAUCGAGCUCACUAAAGGCGAUGCCUUAGUAAGAUGGCUAAAGGAUGGCUCUGAAAUACAACUGUCUAAUCACAUGCAAUUAACAAUCGAUGGUAAGAAGCAGAAGUUGAAGAUAUAUGAUUGUGAAACAAGCGAUGAAGGUGUAUACGCGUGUGAAGCUGGCAAUGACAAAUGCACAGCAAGACUUAUAGUUGAAGAACCGUCUAUAGAUUUUACUUUAAGAUUGCCUGAAGUUCUUGUCGUUCCUACGAACACAGACGCUUACCUUACAGUAGAAAUACCAAGUGAAGAUCUAAAUGUUACUUGGUACCGACGAAAGACUGUUUUGGAUGAUUCUGAAAAAUUCACGCUUAUAUCUGAUGGGAACAAACGAACUCUCAUCAUCAGAAAGUGUACGGAAGACGAUCAGUGUGAAUAUUCGUGUCAGUUGUUAGACACGAGAUGUACCACCAGAUUGAAAGUGGAAGUCGUAGAGUUUCCACCAAAGAUAAUUGACUAUGAAAAGAUCUAUAGAGUGAAGAAAGGUGGCGAUGUGAAGUUGUACGUUCAAUACGAUGCAAAUCCUCAACCGAACGAUGAAUGGGUCGUCAAUUCAAAGAUAAUCAAGAAAUCUAAACAUACAAAACCGAUCAUAGACUCUAUGUCAGCUAGCUUAACCAUAAAGAAGACUGAAAGCAGCGAUGCAGGUGUAUACAAAUUGAGAUUGGAAAAUAACUGUGGAUAUAUAGAAGUUGAUAUUGAAGUUAUAGUCUUAGAUAUUCCCUCGCCACCUGGAAAGCCAAAUAUUCCAUUCGUAGAUGAAACAUCAGUCAACGUGUUCUGGACUGAACCCGAAUACAAAGGUUUCUCUGAAAUCCAAAGCUACAUUGUAGAAUACCAAGAGGAAAAUACUACUGAAUGGAUAUCAAUAGAAAAUGUAAAGAAGACGCAGUGUUGCAUUGAAAAUCUCAGAACGAAAUCCUCAUAUCGGUUCAGAGUUUUUGCGGUUAACGAAAUAGGUGUUAGCGAGUCUUCAGAAAUUACUCAAUACGUUAAAAUUGAGAAACCAGCCAAAAACCAACCACCUACAGUAGAAAAGGCUUUGGAAGAUAUAGUAGGUCCACUUAACGAGGAUAUAGAACUAAGUUGCAUUUUUGGCGGCAUUCCUGAGCCAAAAGUGAUGUGGUACAGAAAUGGGAAAUUGUUGAAAACAGCCAAAGCCACGUACAUAAAUAGAGUAGCCUCUUUAAUAGUAACAGUGACGAAAAAUACCGAAGGUCAUUACAAGUGUAUGGCGACAAAUGAAUACGGUGAAAUAGAUACUUCAUGUACCGUUGAAAUUAGGGAAAAGCCAACAAUAACUAUAUCUGAUGAAGAAAUUGAUCAGAAGCACACAGUUGGUGAUGAAUGGGUGGUGAAUGCCAUUAUAGAUGGUAUACCAAGACCUGAUGUUACUUGGUACAGAAAUGGUUCUAAAAUUGAAGUAAGGGAAGAUAUUGAAAUAACAACUGUAGAAAGUUCUAGUAUUAUAAGAAUAAGGAAUCUCAAUAGGUCUCAUUCAGCCAAAUAUUCGAUUGAGGCCGUUAACAAAGCCGGUUCUACAUCAGUUGAAACGGUGCUUAGGGUCUAUGACAAACCAAGCAAACCUGAGGGACCGGUAGUAUUGCGGGAAAUUAGCCGCGAAUCAAUUACAAUAGAAUGGAAACCGCCUAAAGACGAUGGUGGUUUGGAUCUCAUCAAAUACGCCAUAGAGAAACAUGAACCGGAAGUAGAUCAAUGGGUCAAAGUAGCGGAAGUUAACAAAGAUAUUGAAUCGUACUGCAUUCAAAAGUUGAAUGAAAAUUGUGAAUAUAUGUUUAGAAUUUUUGCCCAAAAUCCCGUGGGAGUGUCUGACGCUUUAGAGAGUGAACCCAUUGUCAUCAAGAAUGCACUAGACGUGCCAUCGCCACCAUUGGGGCCUUUAAGGUUCUAUGGCAUAGACAAUACAUCAGUUAUUAUAGUCUGGUACCCAUCAGAGAAGAACGGUGGGUCCGCCAUUUUGGAUUACUCCGUUGAAAUAAAACAAGAUGGCAAGAAAUGGAAGCAUGUAGCGACUGUAACGGACACGGAAGCGAAAAUAGCCAAGUUAUCAACAAAUGUCACUUAUCAGUUUAGGAUUUACGCGAGGAACGAAAUAGGUACUAGCUUGCCGUACACGUCCGAAGAGAAGAUCACCAUUGGCAAGACUUUGUCACCACCAUCAAGACCUCAAAGGUUUAUUGUCAAGGAAAUGACCUCCCGAUCAGUUACUUUGCAAUGGGCGGCCCCGGAAAGUGACGGCGGCAGUGUUAUAACAAAUUACAUAAUCGAAUACAAGACGGUGAAAGGUAAAAAAUGGUCCAAGGUCAUUACAGUAACAGGAUCAGUUUACGAACAUUGCGUGGAAAAUAUAAAGGAGAAAGAUGAGUUGGUAUUCAGAGUAUCUGCAGAAAACGCUAUAGGUGUCAGUUUGCCAGCGCAGACGGAAUCUAUUAAAUUAGCAAAGCAUGCAACUGUACCAUCACCACCAACUGGACCAUUAGAAAUCCGUACAAUCGGCAACAUAGUUCUAACUUCAUGGGGAACCCCCGAAUGGGAUGGGGGUGCUCCCCUUUUGGGAUAUAACAUCGCUAUCCGUGAUGUCACCAAGACAAUGUGGAUGGAAGUUGGUAAAGUGGAUGAUCUGAAGUUCCACAUCAAGGAUUUAAGCGAAAAUCAUACAUAUAUGAUAAGGAUAUACGCAAGAAACGAGAUAGGAUUGAGCGAGCCUUUGGAAUCUGUCGAACCGUUCAAAGUUAUACCUGGUGAAGAUUCGCAUGCGGAUGAAGAGCCAGGUGAACAAACAGAGGUUACAGAACCAACUUCCUUCAGUCAAACAACUACAUCAUGGCUGCGCGACCACAACAUGGACGCCGACAUCGAGUCGUAUGCUCGAGGAUCCCUUCUCAGACGAGACGAAUACUUCUUCAGAAUAUGGCAUUACGCGAAACAACUAUUCAAA